AAAGCUCCGCCAUGAAAGCAAAGUCCAGGCUGCCUUGCUCCACGCAGCCACGGCUGGGCACUGCGGGGCAAUGGCAGCCAGGAUCCGGGCAAAGACGGGCACAGGAUGCCCUUCCCACUGGCUGCGAGGCUGGCAUCUUUCCCCGGGGCUGCCAGGAUCGCGGCUGGCCCACGUCGGGGUUGCAGACCAGCUGCAGCGGGAGUACGAUGCAGUGGUGAUCGGAGCAGGGCACAAUGGGCUGGUGGCAGCUGCUUACCUGCAGCGGGCAGGGGUGCGCACGGCCGUGCUGGAGAAACGCCAUGUGCUGGGUGGUGCAGCUGUCACAGAGGAGAUUGUGCCAGGCUUCAAGUUCUCCCGGGCAUCGUACCUGCUCAGCCUGCUGCGGCCGCAGAUCUACACUGAGCUGGAGCUGCAGCAACACGGUCUGAGGGUGCUCCCACGGGACCCCUACUCCUUCACCCCACUGCUGGAGGACAGGAGCCCCCCUCGCUCCCUCCUGCUGGGGCACGACAUGGCCCAGACCCAGCAGCAGAUCGCUCAGUUCUCCCAAAAGGAUGCACAGGCUUACCCUGAGUACGAGGCAUUCAUGGGGGCCUUAGUGUCAGCCCUUGAUCCACUGCUGGAUGCCCCACCAGUGGAUACAGCUGCCCUGGGGCAGGGGUCCCUGCUCCAGCGGCUCAAAGCCCUGCAAGCCCUGCGGCCCCUGCUGCAGGCAGGGCUGGCGCUGGGGUCGCAGCUGCCCCGCUAUUACGAGGUGCUCACAGCCCCCAUCUCCAAGAUCCUGGAUCAGUGGUUUGAGUCGGAGCCCCUGAAGGCAACUCUGGCUACUGACGCGGUGAUUGGAGCCAUGGCCAGCCCCCACACCCCGGGCAGUGGGUACGUGCUGUUGCACCAUGUGAUGGGCGAGCUGGAGGGACGGCGGGGGGCCUGGGGCUAUGUGGCUGGUGGGAUGGGAGCCCUGUCCCAAGCCAUCGCCUGCGCAGCGGCUGCCCGGGGUGCCCACAUCUUUGCUGAGAAGGCAGUGUCCAGCGUGCUGCUGGGCAGGGACAGGCGGGCACAGGGCGUCGUGCUGCAAGAUGGGACGGAGGUGAGGAGCAAACUGGUGCUGUCCAACGCCUCCCCCCAAAUCACCUUCCUGGAGCUCACUCCCCAGGAGCAGCUGCCAAAGGAUUUCAUCCAGCGCAUCCGGCAGGCCGACACGCGCUCUCCUGUCACCAAGAUCAAUGUGGCCGUGGAUCGGCUGCCCAGCUUCCUGGCUGUCCCCAACGCCCGCAACGGCCAGCCCCUGCCCCACCACCAGUGCUCCAUCCAUCUCAACUGCGAGGGCACCCACCUCCUUCACCAGGCUUUCACUGAGGCCACCCAAGGUCACCCCUCCAGCAGGCCCAUGAUUGAGCUCUGCAUCCCCUCAGCACUGGACCCGGGGCUGGCUCCACGGGGCUGCCACGUCGUGUCCCUCUUCACCCAGUACACACCCUCUGUGCUGGCGGGUGGGCAGCCCUGGGACGAGCAGGCCAGAAAUGCAUACGCAGACACGGUGUUUGACUGCAUCGAAGCCUAUGCCCCAGGGUUCAAGGCAUCUGUCAUCGGUAGGGACAUCCUGGUGCCACCAGACCUGGAAAGGAUCUUUGGGCUGCCCGGUGGGAAUAUCUUCCAUGGAGGGAUGUCUCUGGACCAGCUGUACUUUGCCCGUCCAGCACCAUCCUACUCAGGCUACCGGUCCCCAGUUCCCAACUUGUACCUGUGUGGAAGCGGAGCCCACCCUGGAGGAGGAGUGAUGGGUGCAGCGGGACGCAAUGCCGCCCGGGUGGCCCUCGAGGACUUCAGGCGCCUGUGAUGGCAGUGGUGACACCAACUUUGCCUAUGCAGGUCUGUGGGUGCAGCAAGCCAUGUUGACCCCAUACAGAGCCCUGCCCAUCCCCAACUUGCUUCCCAGGCACUGCAGGGUAGCAGCAUCCCCUGAGAGCCAGGGGGUGCAGGCUGGCAGGAUCUCUUGUGCUCCCAGCUGCUACCAUCGCCUUGAACACGUGGCUGCUCCCAGUCUGCCACAGCCCAGCCUUGCCCGAGUGCCUCCUGGGCACUGGGCAGCCAUGGCGAGCCUUGCUCAGGCCCUGCCUGCACCUGUGGAAAUAAACCCUGGCCCGGGCUCUC